AUGGCUGCCUUCAGCCUCCUCCUCCUCCUCCUCGGUGCUACCGUGGUGGCACUGGAGCCCCCCCCGGAGCUGGUGCAGGAGAGCCUGGAGCUGGAGCCCCCCCCCAUCCAACAGCUGCUCCUGGAUCUGGACCCCGCCCCUCCCCCCUCCGCCGCCUCCGCCACGUUCUCCCCGUGGGGUCCCCGCUCGGUUCCCGGGUUCCCCCCCCCGUGGCCGGAGGUCGCGGCCGUGACCCGGAUGUGUCGGGAGCGCGCGCAGGCCCCGCCCCCCCCCGCGGCCCCGCCCCUCCCCCCCAGCUCCUUCGGGCACCUCCGGCGCCAGGCGGCGGCGCUGAGCGCGCUCCCGACGCGCAUGGUCACGUGCUGCGGGCGCGCGGACCCCGUGCGCUGCGCCAGGCGGCAGUGGUCCUCGGUGCUGGACUCGUUCUGCUCGGAGGAGUUCUCGGUGAAGACUCGGCCGUUCUCGUGCUGCCGCCGCCGGGGGGCGCAGCGGAGCCGCUGCUUCCGUGACGCGGCCGCCGAGGCCGCUGCGGAGCUGCCGGUACCGGAGGUCCCGUUCCCCCCCGGGGAGCCCACGGCCGACAACGUGGGGAACAUCUGCGGGCUGCGGGGGCUGCGGCCCGGACCUACCGGUAACAUCGGUACCACCAGUACCAUCGGUACAACCGGUACCACCGGUACAACCGGUACCACCGGUAACACCGGUACAAGCAGGGCCCUCGACCGCUUCCAUCUGCGCCUCGAGAGGGAGUUCGGGAGCUGCUGCCGCAACCGCAACCGGAGCCUGGAGUGCGCACAUGAGGCGUGGCGCUCGGGGCUGGAGCGGCUGUGCCAGGAGGAGGCAGCUCAGGGGCUGCGGCCUCGGCUCUGCUGUGAGGCCUCAGGCCUCGCUCGGAUCAGCUGCUUCGCGGCUGCGGCACCAGCUCCGCGCUACGACCGGGAGCUGCACAACGUGAGCCUGGGCCAGGCUGGGCCUGAACUGCUGCGGGUGCUCUGCGGCCCUGCCAGGCUGCUCAGCAGGAGACGCCCAAUCCCAGAGCUCCUCGGUGCCAUCACCUCCUGCUGCCCACGGCACCCUCAGGAGCAGCGCGCAUGCGCUGACGAGCAGCUCGGCCGCACCAUCGCCUCCCUGUGCAGCGCGCGGGGGGGCGGGGCCUGGAAGGACCCACUGCGCUGCUGCGCGGGGGGGGACGCGGCCGAACGGCGCCGCUGCUUUAACUCCGCCUACCUGCAGCGGGUGCUCAUGGGGCUGGCGCUGCCCCCCCCGGCGCCGGGGCACGAGGAGUGACCCCAACCCCCCCCCCCCAAGGCAAUAAAGGUGCUGCCCCACA